AGAAGGCAUAAUUUUCACAAAGUAAAAGAAUUUUUUCUCAGGUGAAAGAAAAGUGAAGAAUUUCGUGGUAAAUGUGCCUGAAUUUGCUGGCGAAAAUUCAUUUCUCGCCACGGAAGCCCGGGGGAGUGCAGUAAUGGAGACACAGCGGAAGUACCAAGUUAGUCCGUACGAUCCGAAUUUUGGCUCAGCGGCACGCUACACACCACCCUAUACGUCUGCCGGGGCAGCAGCGCCGGGCUACAAUAAUGUCAUCUUCGUGACUCACGCUGCAGAGACGCAGGAUGGGGGGAAUUUGUUGGGGGUGAUUGGUGGGGAACAGCGGCUAAUUGAUCCAGCUCAGACGUACAUCCUAUCGUCCACGAAUACGCGCGUCUUGAACACCUUUGUGCGCAGUGUGGGGGAUUCAGGGCAGCAGGAGUGUCAGUAUGGGCCCACGGGGCAGAUGGAGCACCUCGGAGUGGCUGCCAAUGGAGAAUCCUACCAUAUGCCAGUCACAUCGUGUGGGGACACCUACAUGGAAGCCCCGAAGCCACAGCUAAUCCUCCACAGAGCUUCGGGGAGAUUCUAUCAGGAAGUCCCAAAUGGGAUGCAUGCAGAAGGAGCGGGGAAUGUUGUGGAGCUCGUACCAGGACUGCAGGACAUCCAGCAGGAUCCAAUGACAAACUACGAACAACCCUACACUGGCUACGAUGCUUCCGGAUGUCUUGUGGAUCAAAAUGAUGGGAUGAUGGUGGUCAGUAGUGCUGAGGCGGGAGAUUUCCCAAUGAAGAAUCUCCGGACAGAGCCACGUCUUGCAGAAGCAGAAAGGAUUGAGAUGCUGGUGAAUAGUGAGCUGUCAGAGUUUGCCUAUAAGAAUCAAGGGACAAACAUGAUGGUCAAUCAAUCAGGCAGCAACUACGCAAUGGUUGAGCAGCCACCACAGAUUCUGCAUCAACAGCAGAAUCACGUGGAGAAUGAUCAUCCAUCCCAGGAGCGACUCUUUAUGCACAGCAGCAUGUCACCACUCUUGGCUGCUGUGAAUGACAUCACGAGUCGCGAGGAGCCACAUCUACUUCCAGACUUCCUCCUGCAGCAGCAUCAGCUGAGCAGCAGCAAUGUCGUCAAAUCCACCGAUCCUGAAACAUCCUACGACAGCACCCACAAUGGCUCAGAUUCCGUCUCAAUGGACAUCGAUCUCAAUGACGGGAAGAUUCUGCUGGACUUUGCAAAUAGUCAAGAGAGGGAUUUGUCGUACAAGAACAACCUCAAGAUUGUCAGUGUUUCCUCCCUUUCGGAUGAGUACGUGGACAUUAAUGAUGUGAAGAGUAUCAAUGAGAAGUACUGCGUAUUCAGUGUGGACGACAAGUACGAUAGCUUCCCGCCAAAAUCCAUCCGGAAGUCCCAGAGGAAGAUCCAAAAGGAUGGAUGCUUGUUGGUUGCAGACAAGCACGUUCCAUGCCGUGCCUGGGCGAGUCUACCCACGUCAUACCUCUACAUCGGGAAAUCACCAAAAUAUCCUUCCGAAUACAGCGUCUUUUCCAAGAAGGACAUACCACUGCGUACGAAAUUUGGCCCCUUCGAGGGUGACCUUCGUGAGGUUGCCGAAGAGGAAGUUCGUCAUCUCAAGGCUGACCCACCCAGAGAGUAUCCUCUGCUACUGAUCGAUGGACGAAUUGUUUUGGAGACGGCAAAUGAAAACACGUCUAAUUGGAUGCGCUUUGUGCGUUUUGCGGAGAAUUUCCGGGAGCAGAAUCUUCUGCUUUUUGAGAGUGAUGGGAAGCUCUUCUUCAAGAGUUGCCAAUUCAUUCGCCCAAAGCAGGAACUCAAAGUUGGGUAUAGUCGUGACUAUGCUGAACGCUAUGGGCUUCCUUUACUCAUCCCAGAUGACAAGGAAAGCAAUGAGGAGAUAAAAGUAGAGAAUACCUGGCCAUGUUUUGAGUGCGAUGAGAAAUUCCCAAAUUCAGAGGCCCUACAGGAUCAUCUGGAUAAGCAUGAUGAUCAGUGUGAGAAGAAGACGGUACAGAGGAAGCGAAAGAAGCCUCUUGGUGGGGGGAAUAAAGUUGCAUGCCCAGUGUGUCUUAAACUCUUCCUGAAGUCUUCGCUGCGACUAAGGCAGCACAUGCAAACCCAUUCGGGACAUCCGCUGGCGGAGAAGAGUCUCAGUGGGUGUGGGAAUACGAAGAUUGAUCGUAGCAGGAGGAUUGAUGGUGUCAAGAGGGCCACCAUGAAGGAGGAUUCGAGGAAAUUCAUCAAUAACAAGGAGAAUAAGGACACAUUCUACAAGUUCAAAUGUACUUCCUGUCCAAAGUCCUUCCCAACAGCUGAACGCCUGGCGCGUCACAGCCUAGUUCAUGGAGCCUACGAAUCCCGGCCAUUGCGUUGUCCACACUGCCCCAAACGCUUUGUAACCUCUUCCGCACUUGCAGUGCACGUGAAGAUGCACCUCAACCCUAAGCGCCUCAUUGUUUGCCCCAUGUGCUCCGAAGCCUUCAAGCAUGGGCUUGUUUUUAAGCUUCACGUACGUUCGCAUCUUGAAAAUGGAACGUACACGUGUAAGUUUUGUCAGAAGAAGUUUAAGGAGUACAAGAUAAUCCGGAAGCACAUUAGAACCUUCCAUUCAGCCAUUAAGCAUCCGUGUCAGCAGUGUGGGAAGCAAUUUCCAACGGUGAGCAAGCUACAGAUGCACCUUCUCCGGCAUUCAGACCAUCGGGAAUUCCUGUGCUCUGAAUGUGGGCGACAAUUCAAGCGCAAAGAUAAGUUGAGGGAGCACAUGAAGAAAUUCCACUCAGACGAGGCAAAGGCGAAGAAAGAGAAGCACCUUCAGGUGAGAUCUCCGGUAGAUUCUCCCAUUGAUAGUGCAAUGAAGGAGGAGGAAGUGCAGGAGAAGGAGCAAAAUGUGAAGGCGGUGGAGGAUGGGCCAAAGAAGAAGUUUGCACCAAAAGUUUCGCCGAAUGAUUAUCAGAGAUUCAUCUACAAGUGCCAUGAUUGCCUUGUGGGCUUCAAGAGGCGCGGCAUGUUGGUCAAUCAUCUGGCAAAGAGGCAUCCAAUGGUGCCGAUUGAUUCAGUGCCUGAACUCAAUUUGCCCAUUCUGAAAGAUCAGAAAUUCUACUAUUGUCAGUACUGCGAGAAGGUCUACAAGAGCAAUUCAAAGAGGAAGGCGCACAUCCUGAAGAAUCAUCCAGGUUUGGAGCUACCCAUGUCAAGUCGAAUCAAGGGGAAUUGUCCAGAUGGGGGUUUCUCCGAUUUAACGUACUCACAGACAGUUGGGAGCAUCACGACCCAUCCUCAGGGUUGCGCCUGGUGCCACAAGCAGUACGCCUCGAAGGCUAAACUUCUGCAGCAUCAACGGAAGAAGCAUCCGGAGCACAUUAAGGAGAUCGAAAUGUCUGCUCAUUCGGCCAUUGUUAUCCACAAGAAUGACCAACAAGUGUCCUUUGACAGUCCUACGGGCUUUGAAAAUAACAAUUCCCAGUUUGACGAUCAACUGGCCGUUGUGUCUGACACGGUGGACUAUGAGAACUAUUCUCCGGACGGUGGGACGUACCUCACGGCGACGGAGGAGAGUAAGUUGAUUAAGAUUUGUCCAUACGAUGUUGAUGGUGGGGAAAAGGAUGUGGGGAGUUUGUCGAAGAUUGAUGUGAGCUUGAAAGUUGUUGGAGGGGAAUUUGUAGGUGAUGGUUCCUCGGCUGGUUCUGGGGAUUCCAAUGGAGAUCUCUCGCGUCUCCCGGAAUUAUUUGAGGAUAUUGAGUACAUGCAGAUGAAACCAGUUAUUCUCAGUGGGGACAUUGAGCAAAUGCCACAGAUUAAUGGAAGGCAUAAACUCAAUUCAACCAGUGGGUACUCUCAAGGGGCUGGCUGAAGGAACACUUCCGGGUCAGCUUGCGCAGCUUUUUGUGGCAUAAUCGCUGUAAUAGCAUGCAAAUUUGCAAAUUGGAUGAAUUGUUGUUUAUCCCGAGAAUUGCAUUUUGUGAAUCUCCUCAUUGCGGAAGUUGUUGGCAAUUCUUGGAAACUUUUGAGUGGUGAAUUCCCCACACAAUUUGUUGUUCACCAAGAAAGCAGAAGAGCCAAGCCUCUUAACCUGGUGAACUCAUGGAAGGGUCCACAAGAGACUUUUUUGUUGUAAAAAAAAAUUGUUUCGAUGAACUCAUUGAAAAAUCCUUGGCAAUUUUUUUGGAGUCCAAGCGAUUUGUGUUCAUCAGAACUUUGUUCACAAUCUGCCAAAGAAAUGAAUAGCAGAUGAAGUGAGCAAAAAAAUUUGUCCCUGUUGUCCAAUUUCUGUGGCGGAAAGGACAAUGGGAAAUUUGUGAAGAAAAAAAAAUAACUUUUGCUUUGUUAAAAAUUUUGAGAACAAAAAAAUGGCAAAGAAGUGAAGGAAUUUCUUGCGCGUUGGGCGUGAAUUUUGCAAGAAAGCGGAGAAAUUUUCAGACCAGCGAAUGGGCUUUUUUGUUGUAAAAGGAAAUCCGCGUGAAAAGGUGUUUUUGCAUUGCGACAAAAAGUCGUGGGUUUUUUUUUAACGAGACGAGUGUUUUAAAAGUGGCCACGUUUGGUCGCUCUUGGAAUAAUUUUAUUGAAGUGACUAAUAAGACAUAAAUUUUCGUGUUGACAAAAACGAGUAAAUAAACAUUGUGGAGAUAUUUGUCUCACGCAGAAGGAAAAGUUGCGUUAAAUUGUCGGAGGGACUGUAUCGAAAAUUAUGAGCACAAAAUAUGUAGUUAUGUAAAGAAAUUUAAAACAUAGGCAAUAUAUUUUUUAAAAGAUUGUAGGACCUUAGAAGAAUUUUAAAAGGCUUAGAAACAGAAGAACUUUUAAAGAUUUUUUUUUUCAAAUUCUUAACACAAUUUUUUUUAAUUGAAAACCCUAAUUGAGAAGAUUUUUUUCUGUUAUUAGAAGCUUCAAUAAAAAAGAAAAAUUAGGCAAAAAAUGGUGUAAAGAUCGGUAAAAUCUGAAGAGUUUUUUUUUCAAAAGCUUACAAAUAGAAAAAAAAUAUCUUUACCUUAUUUUUUUCACAAUCUUUCUCCUGACUUUGAAAACAUUUUAAAAAAGAUUUUUUUAAUUUUACAUAUAUUUAACUAAAUAUACCUUAAAAUAUUCUUUAAAUUCUCUAAAUAAUAAUUUUCCCCAAAAAAAUUCUAAUUCUAAUGUCUUUGAAAAUGUUUUUUUUUUUAAAUAUUUUUCAUUUCAGUCAAAAAAAAAAACUAAAUUUUAAAAAGCGUUUUUUUAAAUUUUUUUUUUUACAAAAAAAAGAACUUUAGUAAAAUAAUCACUUCACUAAAUAAAAAUAAAAAGAAUCUUUGUUAGCUCUGUAGGUUUUGAGAUUUAAAAGAGAAGUCUUAGGCGACUUCAAAUUACAAAAUCCUUAAAAAAAUUCUUCCUUUUUAACAUUUAUUCUGUAAUAGAGAAAAAAUAAAGUUCUUGUUAAUCUUUAACUCUUUUUCUUAAACAUGAGAAUUUUAUUUACAUUUUUUUAAAUACCUAUUAGGUAAUAGUUUUUUUUAUGUAUUAUGCUGAAAUAAAGCCAAGAAUAGAAAAAAUAUAUAAAUCGGCCUAAAAUCUCUCAAACCACAUAAAUAUUUUCCUAUAAGAUAAUCUACAAUAUUUUAUUUUUUAAUACAAAUAAAUUAAAGAAUAACAACCGUUACCUGCAAUAAAACAAUAUAAUGUUUAUUAUUAAAAUUUUAUUAUAAAUACUUUCUUUAUCACUGUUUGCUUGAAAAAAUCUUGAAUAUUUUGUAGAUUUAAUUUUUAUGUACUUAAAAAUCUAUUUUUAAACAUUAAAAAUACUAUUUUUAUACAAUAUAAAAAUAUAAUUUAAAUUAGAUUUAAAAAAAAAAACUGAAAAAAAACAUUAGAAUAAUAAAGGAAAUGAAACUUUGGAAAACUCAAGUUGAUCUUUAAAAUUUUCUGCAGAUUAAAAGAUUUAAUUCUUCAAUGUAAAUCUAAGAAAUGAAACUGAAAAAUAUUUUAGACGAAAAGAAAUUUAUCAUCAGUGUGAAGAUUUUUAUAAAGGUAGAUGAUUUAAAACUUUAAUAACAGAUUUUAGGGAAAUAUUAACUAAAAUUUCUUCAACAAAGAAAUCUUUAUCAAAUUCUUAUGUGUUUAGAAAAUGUAUUCAUAAUUUUCGAUACGGUUCACUAGUAAUUAAUAAAAUAAGAAGAAAUUAUUGCUUUACAUCAAGAAAUAAAAAUCAAGAAAAAUCUAUUAGAAAUCUCAGCUUAAUUUAGUGAAGAAAAAUUAAAAGAAAAAUCACUUUUUAGUGCAAUUUGCAAUGAGAUUUUUAUUAAAAAAAAAAAGUAGAUAAAAAUUUUUCACAAACAAAAGAAAAAGAAAUAAUAAAAAUUAGAAAUUAGGAUGAAAACAUUAAAUUGGAAAUCACUAAAAAGCAAUAUUUAGGAGCUUUUUUGUCCCCUCAAACACUUUUUAUGUACAACUUUGUACGACCCAUAAACAAGACCAAAGAAACAAAAAAACAAACUGAUUUCGUUUAUGUGCUUUUUAUAAAAGAAAAAGAAAGAAAAUAAAAAAAUCACCUGGAUUUUGUGAGAUGCAAAUGCACGGUGUAGUCGCAAUAUGUUGAAGAAGGAGAACAAAAUGUAAUAAUGUAGAAUGUGAUAGCUGAAGAAUGCAGCAAAUGUGGGAGGGAAGAUGAAGAAGAAGAAUUUGCGUGAAAGGCAAGAAAAACUGAUGAUGGCCAACAAUUAAAAUUUGAUGGUGUUUUUAUCCAGUGAGCAAAAAAAAGUGAAUAAUUCUGUAACUUGUCCUCUAGUGCCUCUAAAAUGUAUUUUUAAAAACAAAUUAUUAAUUUAUUAAACAAUAUUUUAGUGUGUAAGGAAAAAAAAAGAAAAAUUUGAGGAAGUUUCUGUGUAAUUUUUAGUGAAAGAUGAAGUAAGAAAGGAAAGUAUUUAUGUGUAAGAAAUUUGUGUGGGAAAGGGCAACUUGUAAAAGAUGUUGACCCACUGAUUUGGAGUGAAGAGGGAAGAUGUUGUUUGGCUUUUAAAGUCGAGUCAAGAAAAGUGUUUGAUUUUCUUCUUAUAAUAAACUUAUAAGACACACAGACACACAUUUUGUAGGCAAGCGCGCGAUGAUGGUAAAUAAUAUAUAGUUGAGGAGAAAUGAUAGUAGAGAGAUAAUAAAAUAUAUAGCAAUAAUCGCA